GUGGCGGGAGUCCCCGAGGGAGGCCGGUGGGGCCUCCUCGGCUCUUCGCCGACAAGUGAUCGUUUACAGUUAUAGUCAGUCCGCAUUGGGCGCUCGGCCGGCCCUGACUACACCAAGUACGUAGUCGUCGACUGACGUUGAUAAAGUUUCACUUCUUGGUUCUUUCAGAUACGCGUAAUUAUUGGCGUAUUCGCAUUUUAUCUCUUUCUUCCUCUUUCUCUCUCGCUCUUUCCUUCUCUCUCUCUCUCUCUCUCUCUCUUAGACUCAUCAUCUUUAGAGUUUGUUUCUUCUCAAGACAAAAAUCUAAGAUUGUGCCCAUUAUUUGCGACAUCUUCCUCCUCCCUUCCUCCCUCCCUCUCUCCCUCCCUCUCUCCCUUCCUCUCUUCCUUAUAUAUAGAUGGUUAUUUAAAUUUCCUUAUCGUUGUCACGCUGAUAACAUCGAAUCGUCGUUACGUUUCUCGACGUCUCUCGACGGCGACUCGCGAUCGACGUGACAUUAUUAACAAUUUGUCGACGUACGGCAGUUUUGCGAAAGACUGAGGAACGAUCCAGUGGUUCAGUUAGUGGCAAGAUCGAUAAGUGUCGUGUGAAAAGGAAAAGUGCGAGACACGUUUGGCAGCGAAAAGCGACUGUCAGUGCUCAGACAGUCGCUACGUUACGUGGACUCGGCGAGAACAUACGUACGCACGUACGUACACGCGCGCGCGCGCGCUCUCUCUCUCUCUCUCUCUCUCUCUCUCGCAGUCGUACGGGGAUACUGAUGGAGAAUAAUCGACCAACGAGAUCGAUCGUGCUGUGAUCUUGAUUAGGACAAUGCGGAAACUGGAUGCGCUAUCGGGCAGCGACCAAGAGUGUGGCGAUCGGGAGAUGUAUAUCGACCUGGACGACGCCUCCGUCGACUCGCUUACCGGGAAACGUGGUCGCCACCAUGUCGAGGUAGCCGAGGAGAGCGACAGCAGCGGAAGCGAGAGGAGUCCGAAGCAGGCGAAGAGACGAAAUCGCGGCGCGCCACCGACCACGAGAAGACGGAAAAGCGGGAUUUCCGCGCGCGAAAGGAACCUAAGAAGGCUCGAGAGCAACGAGAGAGAGAGAAUGAGAAUGCAUUCGCUCAAUGACGCCUUCGAGCAAUUGCGCGAGGUAAUACCACACGUAAAAAUGGAGAGGAAGCUCAGCAAAAUAGAAACGCUCACACUGGCGAAAAAUUAUAUAAUGGCGCUGACGAAUGUCAUAUGCGAGAUGCGCGGCGAGGAGCGGCCGUACACAUUCGUCGAUGGCGAAUGCGGCUCCAGCAGUGGUGAUAGCACCGGUCAAUUAGAAUUAAGCGGUGGCGAGCAACCCGGCGAAUCCUCGCCCGCGUCGAUCCACGAGACCAACAACAACAGUCUCCUCCACGAGGAUCUCGAGCGCAGAAUCUAAGGAAAGUCCGAUCUAAACGACAAGAAAGUCGAGAAAAACACGCGUUUAAAGACUCUGUGAUAGAAUAUAUCAUAUUAGUGCCUUCUGUAAGAACUUUUGCGGUGAUUCGUUUAUUAUCGCCACGAAUCGUUCACGGAUCAUCGUCCUUGAGUACGUCGCGCUGCAAUGAUCAAAACUGAUAUCGCGGGAACGAGAGAGAGAGAGAGAGAGAGAGAGAGAGAGAGAGACAAGUGUUAGACGCGGCAAGAGAGUGAAUACAAAGAAGAGCGAGAGGAAAAGGGAGAGGCGCGAAAAAGAGAAAAAGAAACAAGGAAAGAGGCAGGCACGACGAAGAUGAGAGAAAAAGAGAGUAAGACGGAGGAACAGGAAGAAACAGGAAGAUUACGCGUAUUAUAUUAUAUGUACGGGAUACUCAUCGCGCAAUCUUUCAACCGCACUUUUCACGAUAAGUUGUAAAAUGACAUCCUGUCGUGUAAAAAAUUUGACAGAAAGCCAUUAUUUUUAGCAACUUUUCGCUUCUUUACUUUCGCUAUGUUGGAUGUUUCUCCAGUGGUCAAGCUCUUCUAAUUCCAACGAGAUUCCAUCGAACGAAUGCAUCGAUAGAAACACCAAUUAACAGUAACAUUGCAUCGAUAUUACUCGCUCGACGCGAUACAAACGUUACACACGACAUAUGUUACAAUGACAUUGUGGUGUGGGAAAUUAUAACUCUAAUAUACUGUUAGUUGGUAUUCACUGGCAAGAUUAUUAUUAGUUCGAGCAAUAACGAACAGAGAAUUUCAUGAGUUCUCCAUUGGAAGUAAAGAUGAUGCGGAUCCUCCGUUUAGUUCGAUAAGAACCACUCGAUCUUUAGUCAUCUGUGAUUCAGGAAGGAUUGACACGUCGACAUUUCCUAAGAUUGUACUCUGUUACCACGACUGAGAAAGUUAUGUGUAUACGAAUACGUAAAUGAAUAUAAACGGGUUGGAAAAAUCGCGGCACUCGAAUUUAGAACUCUAAUUGGUCUCGACGCGCGUAUCGUGGCAAUUUGUUAAUAUACUCCUCCAUGUGCGCGCGUAAUGACCCGCGUUCAGGUGGAGAUGCGCAUCGAUUCCGACAUAGAGAUGCGCAUCACGUUGUACAUAUAUAUAGAACGUAUCGAGAACAUACAUAUCCAGGAAAUAUUUAUAUUCUGCCCGUAUAUCGAGAAACGCACUCGAUAAUAACGGUUUAUGCAAAUUCAUCUCGCAAUUUCUUUUUUCCUCGGUCGAUCGUUCAACCCCCCAUUAAUUUAUUUUCUUGUCAAUACACUUAACCUGUUUGCAAGAUACUACUACGCUAAUUAUCAUUAUUAUGAUAAUUAUUACCAUUCUUAUGUUAUUGCUAUUUCUAUUUUCUCUAUUGCUAAUACUGUGUGUUUUAUUUCUGUUACCGUAACGCUACUAUGAUACCGUACGCGAUUACUAUUAUUCCUGCUAUUACAACUAUUGCACAACUGUCACACUCCUACUAUUACUCCUACUACCAUUAUUAUACUACUACUACUGCUGCUGCUAUUCCUAUUGUUAUUGCUCUAUCCUUUUUUUAUGAUAGUAAUAUUAUUAUUAUUAUUAUUAUUAUUACUGUUAUUCUGUAUUAAUAUUGAAUUAUUAUUAUUGUUACUUCAUUAAAUCGAUAAGAUUUUAUUCUAUGGAUAUUUUCGUAAAAAAGAGAAAGUGAAAUCUCGACAUUAAACAAGAUACUUAAGUAAAAAGGACAGUCGAGUUAUUCCACGAUAUAAAUUCAAUAUACAUUCAGCAUACAUAUCAAGUGGAUUACCUCGUACACAUAAAACAUUGAUAAUUUAUUCUGCCAAGCUGUAUUCGCGCAACGUGACCGUUGCAGGCGAAAUCUGGACAUUCAUUUGCGGCGUUCAACAUGUAAUUUAAGAGUGUAAAAAUCAACAUUACUAUACGAAAAUGUGAUAUAUACAUAACAUCUUCCCGACACAGUCGCAGUAUAUCUGUAAUCUGUAUUGCCAUAAUCGAUCGUAAAUCACAUUUCUGCAAACGUACCUCGUUGCAACAGAUAAAAAUUUUGCAUGUGAAUAUGUCUGAAAAUUAUAUAUUUAUAAAUAUCGCGCGCGUUCGUGUGUUUACAUAUAUAAAUAAUUCACGUAUUAUCGAUUUCGACAUAGUUACCAGCCCCUUAUUCCUCUUUUGUGCAAAGUCAAAUACAUAUUUAUAUUAGUUUAUGCAUUCUUCGAGGAAAGAGAGAGAGAGAGAGAGAGAGAGAGAGAGAGAGAGAGAGACAGACAGACAAAAAGAUUCGCAAUCUGCGCUGAGAAAAAGUUACGCACGAAUACGCGCUACAUUUUUCUAAAAUGUAAAUAACACGCGCGUCAUUUGUAUAGUUUGUAUAUGAAAAUGUAAAUUUCAAGAUUAAAAAUCACGUUAUUUAUUUGAUUGACAAUAAAAAAAACACGAA